UAUCACGUGAUCGAGGUAAGACCAAACAUGGCCGAACAGCACCGGAGAAUUUUUUUUUUAACUAUUUAGAAAUUUUUUGUCAACGUUCCGCUUAGAAUUAGAUCUGGGUCUUGUUCUGUGCUUAAUAGUUCCCAAUGACUGACCACAGGCCUUGUGUCCAGCUGAACACUGGAGCUCAGAUGCCACUGUUGGGUUUGGGCACGUUCCGUUUGCGAGGCCCUGAGGAAACUUAUCGGACAGUGGAUGCUGCCUUAACAGCAGGCUACCGAGCCUUCGAUACAGCAGCAGUGUACCGCAAUGAGGCAGACAUUGGCCAGGCCCUUUGCACCUUGUUGCCCAAACAUGGGCUUUCCAGAGCUGAUGUGUUCAUAACGUCUAAACUAAGCCCCAGGGACCAGGGUUCCAAAGCCAGGGAUGGCUGUCUGAGAAGCCUGGAGCAACUAGGCUUAGAUUAUAUUGACCUGUUUCUGAUUCACUGGCCUGGUACACAGGGGCUGGAUGUAAAGGAUAAGCGAAACCCUGACAAUCGAGCUCAAAGUUGGGCAACCUUGGAGGAGUUCCAUGCAGAGGGAAGGUUCCGUGCUAUUGGAGUGUCGAACUACACGGUGAAGCACAUGCAGGAGCUGCUGAAGAGCUGCAGAGUUGUUCCAGCCGUUCUCCAGGUGGAGUUCCACCCCAGGUUGGCUCAGAGGGAGCUAAGGGCAUUAUGUGAGGAAAGUGGAGUGUGUUUCCAAGCGUACUCCUCCCUGGGGACAGGCGUCCUCCUCUCUGAUCCUCUGGUUCAGGAGAUGGCAGGACGUUGUGGAAAAACUCCGGCUCAGGUGCUUCUGAGGUGGGCUGUGCAGCAAAACAUACCGGUGUUGCCGAAAUCAUGCCAGCCCGACCGGGUGCAGGAGAACGGGUGCCUGUUUGACUUUGAGCUCAGUGACAGUGACAUGGCAAAGCUUUCUGCUCUGGAUUGCAGGGAGAAGUUCUGCUGGAACCCGUCACUGGUACUCUAGACUACCUCCAGUGUCAAAUCUACAACAUUAUCAGUUUUGUCAGACUUCCAGAUGCUGGUUUAGGUUUAUUCAACUGGUUGUUGAUUAAUAUAUUACUUCAUGAGUUUGUUAUUGAAAUUGAACAUGAUGGCGAUGUCAGGGCUCUCAUAGAACAUCAGAAACAUACAGAAAAAGAAAUGUUAACAAUUCGUAGUUUUCUUUAUAUAACCAUAAAGGAGAUUCAUGAUUGAAUGUAAAUCAGGAAAUUAUAACUAUAGAUCUCUCUAAAAACUAGACAUAUGUAUAUAUGAGUAUGUGUGUGACUUUUAUAUGUACUGUAUUGAGUAUGUAAUUAUAAUACAGUAUUAUAAAUAAUUAUGAUAUUGUACUCAGUGCCAUAACUAACUUAUAAAGAUCAAACACUGAGGUUCUGAAGAGUAAUCUGGAAGGAAUUAAAUUUGAAUUUGGUAAUUACACUCAUUUUCAUUAUUAAAAUGAUACUGGAUCAAACAGAAUCCAGAGUCUUCUUGCAAUGAGGGAUGAAAGUUCAUCAGCAGAAUAAAAAUGAAUAAAAUGUUAUUACGGACAUAUUUAUGGUGUCUUCAGUAAGAUAAUACUGUUUAGAAUUUCAGUGCUAGAUGUCUAAGAAGUGUAUUGUAACUGCAUGUAAAUGAUAGCAAUGUAAUUAAAAAUUUAUUUUUUUUUAACAUUAGUAACCAUGUUGAAAACCAUGCAUCGCUACUACACUGUAGAUUAGUGUUUUAUCUGAAUUCUUUACACUAAUCCAUAUAUACUAAUUAUUAAUAUAUUUAUAUUAUUUAAAUUCUAUAUGUAAAAGUUAUUUUGUAAAACUGCACUUUCCCCAAAACUCACAAAUUGGUUCACUGCAGCAAAAUACUAUUUAAG